AUGAAUAUUGAAAAUAGCAAAUAAAAUCUAAAGAAUAAAAUUCAUUAGACUAAAAUAGAGUGCUUCUAUUUUUCUUGCCAAGUUUAAAAUCAAAUAAUUCUGAAUUCAUUAAUUGAUUUAUAAAGUCAAAAACUAAGAGGAGGAGGUUGUGGUAGUUCAAUUGCAGAUACUAAAAUUUAAGAUGUAAACUAAAAAAACAUUCCUGAAGAUUUUUCUGAAAAGUUUAAAGGUUUUUUAAAAAUAAUACAAGAUAAAAGCCGCUUGAUAUCUGAUAAAUUUUAAAAGGAAGAAGUUUUAAUUGGAUUUUAGUGGUUUAAUCAUAAUAAGGAACAUAUUCAAACAAUUUGUUAAAAAGAAAAUCUGUGUAAAUAAUUUUACGAAGAAGCAAUAGAUCUGGCUAAACAAAAUUUUUCAACUUUAAAAAUUUAUGUCAAAGCUUCUGGAUUUUUAUUUCAUUAAUUGUUACAAAUUACUAAUUAGUUAUUUAGAAUAGUAUACUAUUAACAUCUUCAUAAUAAAAAAAGACGUUUAGAAAUAAAAUUGAAAGAAUAAUUUUUAUAAGACAUUGCUGAAAUUGAAACAUAAAUGAAUAUUGAAUCUUAAAAUAUAUGGAUGAAUGGAACUAAAUUUGAAUUAUAAAUGAUUAAAACUUGUUUAGCUCAUCUUAAUACUGAUUCAUAAGAAGGAACAAAAUUAUUAACGAACUUUUUAUCUAAUGCAGUUUCUUCUAUUAUUUCUUUAAGACCUAGUCCUAAACUUUUAGAUUCUAUUUUUGAAGGAGCUAAAUUUUUACUUUUAGAACUUUAUGAUAAAAAAAUAUAAAAUCCUAUCCAAUAAUAUUAAAUUUUUGAUUUUUUUGAAAAUUUAAAAUGGUCAAUAGUUAACUAAUUAAAAACUAAGUAAUAAUCAGUUUAAAGUGCAAUAAAUUAAUUAAAAGAUGGAUAUAAAAAAUAUUUCAGCAUUUCGUAAAAUUGGAUAGUACAUUUUUGUUGGGUUACUAUGUUAUCAGAAUUAAUAGCUUAUCGUCCAAUUAUUAGUAAAGAUGAUUAAGAAAUAUAAAAUUGGAAUGAACUGUUAAGAACCUAGAAAAUUGAAUAGUUAUCUUAUAACAAAAAAUUAUAUAUCUUAAAGUAUAAUCAAGAAAAGGAAUCUGGAAAUAUAUUCCCAUUCCUUUAAAUAUUUUAAGAAUUUUUAUUAAUUUAGCAAGAAGGUGAAAUGAAAAUGUUAUUUGAUUAUAUUACAUUCGAUUUUGAUUAGAAAAAAGAAAUUACUAACAAUUAAAUAGAAUAAAAUAUUAUCAUUUUAUUUAGUUAAUCUAAUUUUUAUAAUCCAAAGAGCUACUCUAACAAGCUA